UCCCACUCGGCCACUCCCAGUCCCACCCACCCCCUCCCGGCUCCCCGUCCCCGAAGCUAAAUCCUCCCCACCUCCCACCACCACCAUCCCAACAGAGAGAAGAGAGACCGAGAGGGAUCCGGAGAUCUCACAGGCAGCGGGCGAGGGCAAUGGCCGGCGCGGCGGACGAGUACUACGGCGGCGGCGGGGGCGGCCCGCGCGGGGCGCCGCACGGGCUGCUGCUGGCGGUGGUGGUGGGGCUGGUGGUGGCGGGCCCGCUGUUCCUGGGCGACGGCGGCGAGGCGCUGACGGAGGCCGUGGCGGAGCUGCUGAGCCCGGUGGGCCUGCUCCUCCUCCCCGUGUGCCUGCUCUUCCUCAUCCGCGUCCUCUCCUCCGACCGCGGCGCCGCGGCGCUGGCCGACGUCUUCGCCUUCGGCGGGUCCCCCGACGCCGUCCACCGCGUGGGCGGCUCGCCCGUCGGCGUCGCGUUCAUGCUCCUCCUCAUCCUCGCGCUGCUCUACUACCGCUCCUCGCUCUUCGGCGGCGACGGCGGCGACGACGAGUAGGGUAGGUCAGGUCCGUAGGAGCCGGCUGCGGGCGCGAUCUCCGGCCCGGCCGGCAGGUUGGCUGAAGCGUGGCGUUGGAGUUGUUGUUUUGUAAUGUGAGGUUUGGUAGGGGCGUGGGUGUAAAAGUGCGCGAGGAAAUCGGAGUAAAUUAAAUGAAGUUUAUUUGAAACUUUUUCAUAGAUGAGUUGAACGAUGCUAA